AUGGAAUCACUUGUGUCUGCAUCUGUAGCACAGGCAGUGAAAACGUUGGUGCAGCCAAAGGAGGAAGCGAAGGAUUGGGAGUUGCAGUUGAAGCGGGAGCAGGAGAGGCAGGAGGAGGAGCGGAAGCGCAAGGAGGCGGCCGAGGCGCACCUGUUCACGGUCAUCAAGGUCUCUUGCGACAAGGAUUUGCGGCAGCAGAUCGGCCGCGACCGCAUCUUCGACCUCGUAGACCACGAGCACGUGACAAGCUUCCGCUUGCCAAAGCAGAUGCAGUUUGUGGACUUCCAGAGGAAGGUGGAGAGGGACGUGGGCGUUCCGGUGGCAGGGCAGCGGUUCUGGCUGUGGACGCGGCGGCUGAACCACACUUACCGCCCCCACCGGCCGCUUAAUCCCGCGGAAGAGGGCAUGACGGUGAGAAAGGUCUACCCGGGUGGGGCAGCUGAGGAAAUUAGUGUGCAGGGCACAAGCAAUGGAUCUGUGUCUGCUCCCCCAAUCUAUUCCAACCCUUCUCUUCCCUUAUCCUCUCGCCUCCUCCCACCCGCCCCCUCCCACCCGCCUCCUCUCACCCGCUUCCUCUUUCAGGUGGGGCAGCUGAGGGACUCAGUGUGCAAGGCACAUGCCAUGGACCUGCGUUUGUUCCUAGAAGGCACGCUGACCCCCCCCUGUAAUCCCCCUCUUCCCUAUCCCUCCAUCCUACCCCUCAUUUCCUACCCUUUGUCACCGCACGAAGGCCCGGGGUCCAUUGCUUUCAAGAACCGGCCAUUUGCUCUACCACAUCAGAGGGCCAAGGACGACAUUCUGCUCUUUCUCAAGUUCUACAACCCAGUCACUGAAACGCUUAGGUACGUGGGUCGUUUCUUUGUGAAGCUCGAACAGAAACCUGGAGAUGUGCGAGAGAAGGUCAAGGAGAUGUGUGACCUCGCUCCCACCAAUGACAUCCUACUCUUUGAGGAAUUAAAGUUCGAGCCAAGUGUGAUAUGUGUGGCCCUGGAGGACAAGGUCACGUUCAAAGGCGCGAAGCUGGAGGAUGGCGAUAUUGUCUGCGUGCAGCACGCCAACCUGCUAGCCCAAGAGGGUGCGGCUGCUGCUGCUGGGGCUACUGGGAGUGGUGGUGGGAGUGUGGUGAGGUACCCUGACGUGCCGUCCUUUUUGGAGUAUGCGCGCAACCGGCAGCUGAUGCACUUACAGUAG